AUGAAUGUGGAUCCUGGGAAAGCGGGGAGCUAUAUGGCCGGAAUCUUAAUUGGUGUUGGCUGGUGGAUAUUGGCAGAUGGAGCAGCAUCAGCAAAUUAUCAUCAUUCUCAAAUUCCAUUUGAUUUUGUCAAAUACUUGCCAGGUAUCGUCUCCAUGCUCGCUUUCUUCUUAGUUAAUACAGUGGACUGGUCAAUGUUGUCCGAAGAUGCUAGCUUUACUUACGGCUCUAAUGUAGCAACUAGAGCGCGGUAUUUUGUACUAUUUUGCAUGGUUUUGCUUUUGAUAUCGCUCAUGACUUCCGUGCUCAUCUAUACGCAUGUAUACGUGAAUAACAAAUUUCACGAGUCAGCGUGGCCAGGAGCGGCCAUUCAGUUCAGUUGUACCAACGAUUACACUGGUACCUACACUGAACCCACGUCUUGUGGUAUAUCAACAACAAGUCAUUCAACUCCAGUAUCAACGUCUAGUACUUGUACUAGCAAGAUUGUACCAUGGUGGGAACUUGAGUACCAAUGUCCACCUCCAGGUCAUCUUGGGGCACAUGUUGUACCAGUUUCAAUUGAUGUACCUGGUACUACCAAGAAUGUUGAUCCGACAAAAAAAUUGGCACUUAAGAAAUGUUCCUUAACUUCUGUCGAAACGUGUUUUGAUGAAAAGAAAGAAAGUUUUCAAUCGGGUGUUGUAAUUUACGAGACUCCAGAACGUGGACGACGAGAUUUACAUCGAAAAUUAUUAGCAAGAAGAGAUUCAACGCCAUGUCUGCUUAUAGACAACAGUCCAAGUCAAAAACGUAAGAUGAGAUCUCAAGAUGUUAUUGAGUGUGAAGCUGCUCUUUUUUCAAAGGAACUUAAACGUUUUCAUGAAUUUAGUCAAGAAAUCACACCAUCUACUUUCGUGCAACCUCUUUCACAAAUUAACAUUAAAAAGUAA